AUGGGCAAUAUUAUUGCUGCUGCCAAAAAGAAUGAUAUUACAAUUCCUCCACCAGAUAAUCAGCAAGAAGUUCAGACAAAAAUUAUUAACGCAGCUGAUAAGCCAUCAGAUGGCUUGAAAGAAAUUUGGUUAAAUGCCAAAUCAGGAUAUUUUGAUAAAUCAUGGCUUGUUUACAUUGAAGAACCAUUUACAUAUGCUCAUUUUGAAAAGGAUAGUGAAGGAGACGGGUUCCGUAACUUUUCGGAAUUCGAAGGUUUGAAAGCAUAUGCUGUUUGUACCCUUUGGUCAGAUACAGAUAGCAGAAUAAAGAUAUAUGAAAUGCUAGAAGGAAAAGAAAAAGGUAAUUUAAUUGCAUUUCCUUUUUCAGCAUUAGACAUAUAUUAUUCUCACAAAACAUGCCAAGAGUUCCUAAAAGUUAUUGAAACUACAGCAAAAUGGCAAGAUCAAGGCGAUGAUACUGAUGCUAUAUUUGAUAAUUUCUUUGAAGCUCCCAAAAAGAAAGCGCAAUAA